GAGAUUUGUUAUUCUUCAGUUUGUCGUUUUGUUCAAAGUUCGAACUAGAGCAUGCGAAGUCUUCAAGUUUAUCUUCUGUUUUUUAAUUGUAUUUAAAUUGAAAUGAUGAAAUCAACAAGCGUUAAAAGUCCGAAAGUGCCGUUGAUGCAUCGGCUUCCAGAAAGUCUUCGCCAUAAAAGUGUGAUUGAAAUAUCUGGUCAAAUGCUUCAAAGUGACAGAUUCUGUGUAGACUUUCGUGAUGAUUCUUUUGUAAACUUUCACUUAAGUGUACGUCCUUGCGACAAUGAAAUCGUUCGAAAUCAUAAGAUAGAUGGAAAAUGGCAAGAUGAAGAACGUGAUGGUGGAUGUCCAAUUAAAUAUGGUGUACCAUUUAGAAUGGUAAUUGUAGUUGAAGAGGAAAAGUUCAAGGUUGCCAUAAAUAAUGUACCAUUUUGUAAGUUCAAACAUCGCCUUCCAUUGCCAUUUGCGAAAUUUCUUUACAUCAGUGGCGAAGUGAAAAUUCAUUACAUCCAAAUUGACAAUGACCGUCAUUUCAAAUAGCUUUCAGCACGUCGAGCAUAUUUGUAAUAUGUCAUCAAAUCAAAUUAAACCGAUUUCACGAUGUUGUGAGGAAAAAAAGACGAACAUACUUCAAUAAAUAAAUGUCGUAUUAGGUUAUCAAUCACAUACCAAAUUGUAUGUCAUUUUUUAAUAUGACACUUUGAUAGAUUCAAAUAUUUUAUAGAUCAUGAAUUUUCAAUACAGAUGAUUUAUCAGUUAAAUAAAUUGAAAUGAUUAUCAAA